AAACCUGCGCGCCCAUUUCGAGUGACUGUCACGGCUUUCUGACAGCACAGUGAACUGCCGAUAGUUUCUUGAGUGCGGUGUUGAUUUUUACAGGGAUGGACGGUGACAGAAUGGAGUCGGGACAUCAGAAACAAGACGUUCAUGUUGAAGUCCAUGUUAAAUCUCACAGCACAGCUAAACUGUCUGAGGUGAGGAUACAUGUUCUGGGUCUGCUGAAUCGCCACAGCAUGGUUUUUGGAAACUACAGAUGGGCAGAGUUUGAUGAUGACUUCCUGCAGAAACACGUGCAAACUGUAGAUGUAGUUGAUCUCGAGGAUCUCGUAACGCGGCCUCUUGAUUUGAAGAGCUGCAAUGUCUCUGUUCACAUCUUCACUUUGAAUGAGGAUGGACCCAGCACGCUCAGUUUGGAGGAGGACGAGGAGCUUUCAGCAGCCAGUCACUGGAUGCUGCCAGCAGCUGAAUUCCACGGGAUUUGGGAUAGUCUGGUAUACGAUUGUGGAGUCAAACAACAGCUCCUGGAUUACAUCACAACAACAAUUUACUUCUCAGACAAAAUGGUCGACAGUAACCUGAUUUCGUGGAACCGUGUUGUUCUGCUUCACGGCCCCCCGGGCACCGGGAAAACAUCCCUGUGCAGAGCUCUGGCCCAGAAGCUGUCAAUCAGGCUGUCAAGUCGGUAUUCUUACGGACAAUUUGUUGAGAUAAACAGCCACAGUUUGUUCUCAAAGUGGUUCUCAGAGAGCGGAAAGCUGGUCACGAAGAUGUUUCAAAAGAUCCAACAACUGAUCGACGACAAAGAUGCUCUCGUGUUUGUUCUGAUUGAUGAGGUGGAGAGUCUGACAGCAGCUCGCAGUGCCAGCCAGGCAGGAACAGAGCCCUCCGACGCCAUCCGAGUGGUCAACGCCGUUCUCACUCAGCUGGACCAGAUCAAACGACAUUCCAACGUGGUGAUCCUGACGACCUCCAAUGUGACAGAUAAGAUAGACUUGGCGUUUGUGGACAGAGCCGACAUCAAGCAGUACAUCGGACCUCCAUCUGAGAAGGGCAUCUACAAUAUCUACCUCUCCUGCCUGGAGGAGCUGAUGAAGUGCCAGAUCAUCUACCCCCGCCAGCAGCUGUUCUCCAUGUGUGAGCUGGAGACGAUGGGCUUUGCAAGGAGCGAGGUGUCCAAACACAGUCUGCACCUGGGGAACAUUGCUGCAAAGAGCAAAGGUUUGAGUGGAAGAGCCCUUAGGAAGUUACCAUUUCUGGCCCACGCGCUGUUUGUGAAGACACAGAUCGUAACGCUCGAGAGGUUUCUGGAGGCAAUGGACCAGGCAGUGGCUAAACAGAUGGAGGAAAAGGCUGACCUGGCCAAUGGUGUCUGAACUUAUUACAAUGCCCAACGGCUGACACAGGAUUGUUUGUGAGCUCUUUGUUAUCAAGCUCAAUCCUUUCAUUCUGCAGCAACGUGUUAAAUAGAUUGGCAAGUAACAUUGUUUUAACAAAGGCUAUCUGUGAUGUAAGUCUUUGUUCAGGUACAUUUGUUUGGUGCUAUUACCUUAAAAGACCGAGUUGGCUGCAGUACAGGCAGUUUGGUUUAAUGUUCUGUGUUUACGCUGCUUUUAGUUUCAAUGUGUUGGUUUUAUAUCAUGUUAAUGCUUUAACAUUAACAAUGCUACUGUGUACACAUUAGCUCAAUCUAUGGAUUGGUUUGAGUAUAUCUCAGUGAGAUGAAAAUGUGUUUUUGUUAACUGGUUCUGUGUUCUGCUGUUCAUUUAUCUCCAAGCCGUCGGCUCACAGAGGCUUUCCCCCUCAGGAUCUGGAGGAUGAGCUCAUGUUCAUGUGCGAUACCGGCUUGUGUUGAAAACUGCCACUUUAAUAUGACGUUUCUUUCUCCACUGUUCAUUUGUAAUGUGUUUUUAACAAGGGAUGUUCCUCAUAGACCAUCACUUGGCAAUGUUCAUUUAUAUCAAAUCUAUCUGGAUAUGUAUUCAUUACAACUUUAUUUUUGAUAUACCAUUGUAAUAAACAGUAUUGUUUAUGCUCUU